CCUAAAACGUCGCGACUCUGCUCUCUGCAAAAAAAUGGUUCUACUUUUGGCUUAAAGAGACAUGUUUUUGAGUCUUUGCCAUGGCGGGUUUCAUUAGGCGCAAAGGAAACUUAUUCUCUCGGUCGCAAACCUUAACUGCGGUCUACUCCAAGUUGCAGAGAAGUAACUGCACGCUUGCUGAGGGAGUCAUGGAGAAGUGUUCUACCAUCCGUCAAGUUAUUGAUGACGAUAUAAAUUCAGUUGAUACAUCGAAGUGGAAGAAGGUACGAGCAAGUGAUGCUGGAAUUAGAAAUUCAAUGAUCCCAGAAUCCUCUAUGAAUGUCUUGAGACUCCUUAGACGUCAAGGUUUCGAUGCAUACCUUGUGGGUGGAUGUGUAAGGGAUUUGAUACUACAUAGAGUGCCAAAAGACUAUGAUGUGAUCACUACAGCUAAUCUUAAGCAGAUCCGACGGCUGUUUCAUCGUGCUCAGGUUAUUGGGAAACGGUUCCCUAUUUGUCAUGUGUGGAUGAGAGGUUCAAUAAUUGAGGUAUCCAGUUUUGAUACCGUGGCACACAGUGACAGUGAGCUUGAAAAUGAUUUGGAGAAGCCUUUUCCACUAGCUAUCGAGGCAGACAAGAAUAAAAGCCUCUUCAAAUUGUAUUCUGGUUGCGAUGUUAAAGACUUUAAUCGUUGGAGGAAUAGCUUUCAGCGCGAUUUCACAAUUAACAGUUUAUUCUAUGAUCCCUUUGAACUUAAAAUUUAUGACUACACCAACGGAAUGGAAGACUUGACGGAUCGUAAGAGCACCAGUAAGCAAACUGUUCCAGCGGCUUGCUUGGAGAAGAAGUGUGAGUUGGUAGUUUCUAAAUUUUCCAAGGAGGAUGACAACAAUCAAGCUCCAGUCCAUGGGUCAAAUGCAUCAUCUGUUCUAAAGAUUUUGAAGAAGACGAGAGAAGACAGUGAGAACAAGAAUGACCAAGAGACCGAGGUAUGUCCAAAAACCCUUACUGGUCCAGAAAAGAAUCAAGAUCAGUCUGUAGUUCAAAAGCUGAAUAGACGGCGAAGCAAAGAAGCACCAGUCUCUGAGCCGCCUAAGCAAAAGACUUCAAAGAGGUCGAGAUCAGAUGACCAAGAGGCGGUUGGAAGUCUCUCUGUUCCAGUAAAGAAUCAGCAUCAGAGUAACAAGCAUGGCACAAAUGCACCGAUCUGUAAGCAGCCUAAGCAAAAGACUUCAAAGAACCGUUCAAAGGAAACACAAAAAGUGAAACACAUCGACUUGCCUGUGAAUGAGCUUCAAGAAGCAAACAGCAGCUUUGUUUCUGACAAAUCUAUGAGCGAUCUUCUAAAAGUUCUUGAGAAAUCAAGUCAGCACGCUUCUAGCAAAGAGGAGAGCGACUCCUUAUCAUCAGAGAAGACAAAGAGACCAAAAAGUCUCUCAAGUCUGUUCAGGUGAAAUUGGUAACCCUACUGGUGUUUGGGGGCCUGAAGUCAAGCUGGACCUUCAGAACGAGUGAGAAGGUCUCUUGUCAGUCACGGUCUCACUUCACAAUUUGUAGGUACGACAUGUUGUUGUAACUUGAACCAAUUUGUUUUUUUUUUUGUUUUUAUUUGGUCUCUGGUAGAGAGAAAUUUUGGCCGUGAGUAAUAUAAUAGUCGCAAAUUAGAUAUUUAUUCGUAUCUUUGUUUCAUUUAGAUUUCAAAUAAUUUUCUUCCUUUCUAUCAAAUCAGAUUCAUGCACGAUUCCAUCGUUCUUGUUCU